GUGCUGCUGGCCGAAGGCCGUAAGACCACCGAGAAGCUUCGCCCGGACCUCGCCGAAGGCAUCGUCGCCGCUAGGUUGGCUGGAGAAGCAUGCUGUGCGCGUCUGCAGUGUGAAGGAGUCAGGUGAGAUUAAGAGGUUCGUCACCAUCCUUAAGCAGGAUGCGGAGGCCAAGGAGCUGGUCAAGGCGCGCUGGGUGGCACGUGGUCCCUUCAAGGAACCAGACGCGCUUGAGCUGGACUAUUGGAAUGAGACUGCUGCUCCGACGGUCUCUCAGAACUCUCGCAUGCUCAUCUUCCGGUUGGCAGCUUUGUACCGGUGGAAACUGCAGAUUGGGAAAGGGCCUUCAGGCCUUCAUCCUGAUCAAGCGGCCGAGCUGGUGUUGCCGCUGUACGGCCUGGUCGGCGGACCCUGCGGGUGGCAUUCGAAGAUAUCAGGAUGGCUCACCGACCAAGUCUCCGACGCUGGCAAGGCGUG